AUGGAGAAGAAUGAUCGGAAAAAUGCACUUUCACCAAAUGCAAGCAGUACAAAACAACGGAAAUCUUCGCAAAGCUCGAUUCGUCGUCAUCAGAAACAAGAUUUGACGUGGAAAUAUGUUAGUGAAAGUACCGAUUCAAGAGGGAAAAAAGUCAUAGCUUGUGAUUUCUGCGAAAACGAGGAGAAAACCAAGGACAAAAUGGUGGUGGAUCUUGAGAUGGAAGACUAUGAAGUAAUUGAUGGUCAAAGCUCUCAUCAAUCUUGCACUUCUCUAAGUCGAAAAAGAAAGGUUAGUAUGUAUAUAUCGAGUAACAUUCAUAUACUACUUUAA